UCCUUAAGCUUGAACCCCUAAAUUCGAAGAUCGCCUAUCAUGCUGACGUAUGCUUGAUCACACCGUCCAAAGUUUCUACUGCUCCUUUCUCGUCAGUUUCCCGGACGAACCGGACAAAACUCCUGGAUCGACGUGACUACAUCCGAUCAAGACAUCGAUAGGCUCCGUGAAGCCGGGUCAGUGAAGCUAUCAGCUAAGGCGCAGUCUCAGAGACAACGAUGCCGAUCCUUCGACCGGGUAGACUACGGUCUUUCAUCACGGCCACGGGCGCCAUACUCCUCAUUUGCACUGUCUAUGUGUAUUGGACGCCUCCUCCGGCCUCGGUAGUUCCCAGCACAGUCUUCGAAGUCCCUCUAGUCGAACGUCAGAAUGCCUUCUGGAAGGUCUUGAAACCUAUCCUUGAAGCGAACGGGCCCAACUGCCCCUCGCCUGGUCGCAUAGGCGAUUCCGGCGCCGUGGGCUUCGAUGCCACCACAACCGACCCUCGUCCCGACGUGACAACCUUGGAUGAAAAGGAUCUACACGCUAUGGAGGAGGCGCAUGCGAGAUACAUCGAGGCGUGUCGAACAUCCGAGAAGUUGCGACCCGUCCACUCUCCCGGAACUCGAGGAGUGGUUUCUACGGCUGGAGGGACCUACUUCCCCGUGUUCCUGUCGUCUCUACGAAUGCUUCGGCGCUUGGGCUCGACUUUGCCGGUGGAAGUUUACAUGAAGGACACCGAUGAGUAUGAAAAGCAGAUCUGUGACGACAUCCUUCCCGACCUGGGCGCACGGUGCUUGGUUCUCUCCGACGUGGUCGGUAAAAAUGCUAUCGAACAUUACCAGCUGAAGAUCUUCGCGGUUCUCUUCUCCUCCUUCGAGGAGGUCAUCUGGAUGGACGCGGACUGCUUUCCGCUGACCAAGCCCGAGAUCCUGCUCGACGCGGAACCCUUCAAAUCCGCCGGUCUGGUGACCUGGCCGGACUUCUGGGCGUCCACCGCCUCCCCGCUGUACUACAACAUCUCCCGCCAGGAGAUGCCCCCGAUGUCGGCGCGCGCCUCCUCGGAGGCCGGAGCCUUCCUCGUCUCGAAGAAGACCCAUCAGAUGACCCUGCUCCUCUCCGCAUACUACAACUACUACGGCCCGUCGCACUACUUCCGGCUCCUGUCGCAGGGCGCUCCCGGCGAGGGCGACAAGGAGACCUUCGUGCAAGCGGCUGCGGCCGUGGGCGAGCCGUUCUACGCGGUCAGCGAGCGCGUUCAGGCGGUAGGCCACGCCAAACCAGGCGGCGGGAUCUCCGGCUCGGCGAUGGUGCAGACGGACCCGAUCGAGGACCACGCCCUGACGAGCGCGGGCAAGUGGCGCGUGCAGGACCCCUCAGUUGCCCCCGCCCCGCACGCCUUCUUCAUCCACGCCAACUACCCCAAGUUCAACCCGGGCGAGAAAGUGUUCGGUAUGAAGUGGGAGACGGCGCCCACGCUCCGCGCCGAUGGGUCCGACGGCCGCGCCUGGGUCGUGCCUGAGGAGACCGUGCGGCGGUUCGGCUACGACGUCGAGCGCGCGUACUGGGCCGAGAUCAAGAACAUCAGCUGCGACCCCGCGAUCAGCUUCUGGACCUGGGAGCGCAAAGACGAAAUCUGCGAGAAGGUCGAAGGGUAUUGGGGCAAUGUGUUUGCGGAGCCGCAUGAUGAUGAUCCCAAGUUCGGCGAUGAGAGCUGAGUUUAUUUUUUCUUUUCCAAAUCUUCCCUGUUUUUUUACUCUUUUCUUCGUUGUUGCGUAUUGAUACCACACAUCACACACACACACACACACACACACACACACACACACACACACACACACACACAUUUGUUUUGAUUUCAUUUCGCAUGACGGUAUG